AGAACACGCGAGAGUAACUAGUAUUCAGUAGCGGGUGAAAGCUGGACGAAUGAGUGAACCUACGAAUGGGUGAGAGGUAAACAGGAGAUGAACUGGAAUAGCAGUGGCAAGCGAGUCAGUCAGUGUUCGGCAACGCAAGGCAACGGUUCAUAAGUAUAAAGUUACUGUAUGAUAGGAACCGACGAAUAACCGCAUUUUACAAUGGCGACGAGGAUCAAAAUAGAUGCGACUGCAAUGCCACCUUUCAAGGUGGGCACAGAUCCAAGAAAUGAUUGGAUCAAGUGGAAGAGGGCACUGGAACGGUUUUUGCAAGCGAACAAAAUCGAGGAUGAUGAAGAAAAGUGUAAUUUGCUGCUAGUGCUGGGCGGUAUCGAUCUCCAAACAUAUUACGACAAAGUAGCGAAAUGGGAGGUGCACAAAACAGUGGAGGAGGGUGAAGAAAUAGUGGUUCUCCAGUAUGAGUCAGCUAUUUUAUCACUUGAUGAAUACUUUGCACCCCAGUUGAGGAGGAGAUUCGAACGACAUCUUCUGAGGUCAAUGCGACAGAACGACCAAGAGCCAUUUGAAGAGUAUGUAUUCCGACUACGAGAACAGGCAAAUCGUUGUUCAUUCAUUGAUUGCGACGAUAUGAUCGUAGAUCAAAUUAUCGAAGGAUGUAGAUCAGCUGAUCUGAGAAGGAAGUUAUUGACGGAUGAUUUGACGUUGCUGGAAUGA